AUGGGGAGUAGAAAGAGAAUUAAUAAUGAGAUUAAGGAAAUAAUGAAAGACAAUAAUCUGAAAAGAAAUCAUUGGUGUAUAGAACUCGAUGGAGAAAACACUUCACACUUUAUUGGCAAAAUUCAUGGCCCGCCCGACACUCCCUAUCAAAACGGUGUCUUCAGGAUUGAUAUCUCAAUACCUGAGGGAUAUCCAAUCGAACCGCCGAAGUGUAAGUUCUUGACACUCGUCUGGCAUCCGAACGUCUCGUCACAGACGGGAGUGAUUUGUCUGGAUCUGUUGACAAAGGAUAACUGGUCGGCCGGUACUACUAUAGAGGCUUUGCUCCGGUCGUUGCGCUCAUUCCUGUCCAGUCCUGAAUCCACUAACCCUCUAGACGGCACUGUCGCCGGUCAGUACAGGCGAAACAAGCCGCUGUACGAACGGACGGCCAGGUAUUGGACUUAUUAUCACGCCAUGAAUGACGAGACGCGCAAAACUGUCGACAAAAAUCAAUUUCAAGAGUUUAUUGAUAAGAUCGACAGAUUGAUGAACGCGAAGACCAUUGACCGCAACGGUGCCCUCCAUCUGCUCUCCUGUAAAGAUUGGGAUCUGAAUGCGGCCAUCAAUGAUUAA